UUUUGUAUUGGAUAGUUAUCGGUGAUUAGGUUAUUGUGAAAAUGGAGAGACUAAACAAAUUUGAACAAGACCAAGAGUACAUUGUUCUGGAUAAGUUGUUUGAUCAAUUAACGAAUUCGAAUACUGCUGAGGGCAGACUUUUUCACAAUGUAAACAAAUCGGUAACAACGAAUUGUGCUAAAAAAAAUAGUAGCAACAUAGUUAUAGAGAAUGAAGCCAGUUAUGUGCCAGAUGUAUACAAAAAUGAAUUUGAUUUGUUCAACCAGUACUUUUUAAAUUUAGAGAAAUCUAAACAUACACAGAGUAUAAUUCACUAUAUUGAAAAAUGCUUUUCAAGUGAUUAUUUGAGUGAUUGCAACCUGACUGGAUGCAGUGUUUUCAUUAAUCAGGACACAAUUCUGAGUACAUUAACUUUACCAGAAAUUUAUAGUAAACAGGUCUCUAAUAAGAUUAGAUUUUGCCCUUAUUCAAACAAAGUGAUAAAAACAAUUGCUGUGGACAAUAUCAAAGAAGGGGAGACUCUAAUAUGUGAGAAGGCUGCUAUUGACGUAAAGGCACAUAAUUGCAUUUGUGUAAAUACAAUGAACUAUGAAUGCAAUCAUUGUUGGAAGCCAGUAAAAUCUUUUUAUACUUGCCAUGAAUGUCAAUUAGCUGUUUACUGUUCAAAGGCAUGCUGCACAGAGGCUCACAAUAAUUAUCAUCGAUGGGACUGUCAUGCCCAGAAAACACAUUUCUUUGGAUUGGGAGAUCUUGGACAUCUAGCUGUGCGCAUGCUAUUUUGUGGAAUCAAAUGUAAUUUUAAUCCUGUAGAAAAUAAGUACAAGAUGUUGUACAACUUGAAAUACAACCUAAGAUUGUUUUCAAAAUCUGAAAUUACCAAGCUAUUAAAUAGAUCAAUGCAGAUCAUGGUUUAUUUAUCUAAAUAUACAGAAUUAUUUUCAAACAUGCGUGAAAUGCGCAUUAUGAAGAAGCGUACUGUGACGGAAAAGUUUGUUUACUUGGGUGGUUUAUUGGUUCGACAUUACGCGCAGGCCUGCGUCAACGCCGUGUUCUUGCCUUUGGAAGAUUACUCUUACUUGCUAGAAACUCGAGGAGUUGACUAUUUAAAUCCUGCCAUAUGUGUGUAUACCUGUAAUAUUCGACACAGUUGCUUACCGAACGUAUUCAUCAAUUACCGCAGAAAUUAUUGCAUCGUCAAAGCUCUGAGGGAUAUCAAAGCUGGGGAGGAAAUUUUAUUGAACGUCAAUGGUUUGGAUAGUUUCCAAACUAUUCUUGAGAAGGUGAAUAUCUUCAAGCAGAAACAAAUCAAAUGCAACUGUUUCAUUUGUGCCGAGCAGCACCUUUGGAGGUACACAGAGGAACUGUACAAGUGUCCCAAAUGUAUGGGACCGAUGGGUCGCUUUUUUAAUUGCUGGAAAUGCUUUAAAUGCGUUUACCGUGGAAUCGAUUUGGAAUUGGACAAAAAACGCACAUUAUUAUAUAACAUGUCUUCCGCCAUGGACACUUGCCGAGAUUCGGAUAUGAUGGUUGUAUUUUUGAAUCGGUGCGAUAUUUUGUUGUUCAGCCAGUUUAAGCAGUACUAUUAUGUUAUCGUUAAGUUAAUUGCCGUUUAUCUGGUGAAAGACCAAAUAACCAACGCCAUCUUCUACAUACACAAAAUGAACUUCAAAAUGAAUAGCGAUCUGCAACAGUAUUCGAUGAUGAGAAUCAUGGUCAUCAGUGCCGUUAUAAAUUACAUUAUUAUGUAUGCAGUACAGAAAAAAGGCCGUUGCGCUAAAUCCUUGAUCGAAUGCUGCGAAUCGUUGAUGGAGGAUUUGGAAAAGUCUAGCGGUUACUACCAAUACUCGCAUCAGAUGCAGCAGCUUAGGGCGGCUUUUAAUAAGACCAUUGGUACUGAUUCAGCCAAAAGAAACUUCAGGAACCAGGUCAAUGACGAUGAAGAUGUUGAUGAUUGUAACGAGAUCAAAAGCGAGGUGAGCGAAAAAAUCAUAGCCGCAUAUGCUCUCCUACAGCUCGCCAAAUUCUAAAUGUCAAUCAAGCACUUCGAUAAAUCAUCGGACAGUGUAUUAUUUUUAGUCAUUGUAAUGUAUAUUUACGUACCUGUUAUACACAAGGAAAGCCUUACUACAUUUUUUUUUUACAAAUAUUAUAUCCGACGUCUACAUAGGAUUAUAUAUUUAUUUUAAAUACAUGUUUAUUUAAAUUUUACAUGUACGUACUAUUUUUAUUGUUCUGUAUCGUCGAUUAAA